AUGUCACUUUCCGGUAAAGUAGUCACGCGGGUUUUUCAAUUAAAUUUUCGGAAUAAUAUCAUAAGUACUAGGGCGAGAGCAUGUUCAGUCCUUUCGAAACAACCCUUAAACCAGAAUAGUCAUUUUUUAAAAUACAAAUUGCUAAACAUCAACCAAUACUUGGGUGCCGAGAUGUCAACAAAGCAACCAAAAAGUCAAACCAGAGCUAUGGGUGCCUUGAGUCCACUUGAUCCUUCUUCGUAUUCGAGACCUGAGAAGGCGAUUAUAAGACACAUAUCGUUGAAUCUAAACGUUGAUUUUGAAAAGCAUGUGCUGAGCGGUCAAGCAAAGUUGGACUUCGAUGUCUUGACUGACAUCAACGAUUUGAUCUUAGACGCCAGUAACCUUAAGAUCGAGUCAAUAGAGUCUGAAGAUGGCUCCCCACUACAGUACAAACUGGGCGAAAAUGUACCCAACAUGGGUUCCAAGCUCACUAUACUGUUAGGCAAGCAACAGGCUGCAGGGGAAAAAUUAUCUGUUACGAUUAAAUACAGCACGCAUCCGCAAGCCUCCGCCUUGCAAUGGCUGGACCCGGAGCAAACGUCGGGCAAAAAGCACCCCUACUUAUUCAGUCAAUGUCAGCCAAUCCACGCCCGCUCAAUCCUUCCCUGCCAAGAUACCCCGGCCGUCAAGUUCACGUACGACGCCGAAGUGACCGCUCCCGAAGAGUUCACUGUCCUAAUGAGUGCGUUACGCGCUGGAGUCAAGAACAACAAGACGACGUUCCGACAGCCGAUGCCGUUGCCGUCGUAUUUAGUGGCCUUAGCUGUGGGUGUGUUGGAGUCUAGGACUUUGGGACCUAGGUCAAUGGUAUGGUCAGAGAAGGAAGAGAUCGAGCGCAGUGCGUGGGAGUUCGCGGAGACUGAGAAGUAUCUCCAAGCUGCGGAGAAACUCUGCGGGAAAUACGAGUGGACUCAGUAUGAUCUGCUGGUGUUGCCACCUUCCUUCCCUUACGGUGGCAUGGAGAACCCCUGCUUAACUUUUGUCACCCCAACACUACUGGCAGGUGACAGGAGUCAAGCCGAUGUCAUAGUCCACGAAAUAAUGCACAGUUGGACAGGAAACUUGGUGACGAACAGGAACUUCGAGCACUUCUGGCUGAACGAGGGUUUUACCGUGUUCUUGGAGAGGAAGGUCGGAGCCUCACUCAUUAAUGAUACAGCUGAGGCCAAGAGGAGCAGAGACUUCCAUAGCUUGUUGGGCCUACAAGAGCUGAAUGAAGCGAUCAAUGAUGAGUUGGGUCCUACGAAUCCGUUGACCAGGCUGGUCGUAGACUUAAAUGGUGUUCACCCUGAUGAUGCGUUUUCGACAGUUCCAUAUGAAAAAGGGUCUCUGUUCUUGAUUUAUUUGGAGAGACUGGCUGGCGGCCCUGAAGUGUUCGACGAUUUCCUCCGGUCGUACCUGGCGAAGUUCAGCAAGAAAUCCCUGGACACCGACCAGUUUAAGGCAUAUUUACUGGACUAUUUCAAGGACAAUGAGGCUCUGAAGAAGGUGGACUGGGAAACUUGGCUAUACAAGAGCGGUAUGCCGCCUAUUAUUCCAGACUACGACACAACAAUGACGAAAGCGAUAUCCGCUCUGGUCGUGAAGAUCGAUGACCUGAACUCGACAAUAUCCAGCGAUGACGUGGCGACGUUCACUCCGCAUCAAAUGAUACAUAUGCUGCAACAGUUGAUCGAUAGACCGGCGCUACCCUUGGACAGGCUCGCGGCUAUUGGCAAGGAGUACAAGAUUAGCGGGAAUAAGAACACUGAGAUUUUGUAUAGGUGGUUGAGAUUGUGCGUAAGAAGCAGAGACGACACCAAACUGAACGAAGUAUUCAACUUCGUGAACAGCCAGGGCCGCAUGAAGUACGUGCGACCUCUUUACCGGGACCUCUAUGCCUGGGAGGAUGUCCGCGACCAAGCCAUAGAGAACUUCCUCAAGAAUGAAAAAUACAUGAUGCAUGUUUCUGCCUACACCUUAAGAAAGGAUCUCCAUCUCGACGAAAAGACUACAGAAUAGUAUUUUUUACACAUUUAAAAUGUAAGAUAGUGUAACUAUAAUUUUAUGCCAUAAUAUUGAUUUGGAUAAAUAAAUAUUAUUUUAUGAUGGUU